AUGAAGCCCAAUUUGCAGGCUCUUCUCGCUAAUAUGGCUGCCAUGUAUGCAGUCUAUCACGGACCGAAACGACUCAGUGAAAUCGCGCGUUCCAUCCACAAAUCGACAGCAUUUCUGGAAUCAGAGCUGAUCAAAGCCGGUCACUCCAUCGCUCACAAAGACUUCUUCGACACCUUAAAAGUUAAUGUCAAGGAUCUGCCGUCAUUCAAACAGAGGGCUGAAGAGAAGCAAAUGAACUUUAGAUACUUUGCCGAUGGCUCUAUUGGAGUAUCGCUGGAUGAGACAACAAAACCAGCUGAUCUUCUGGACAUACUCUACGUUUUCAAUGGAGGCACAAAGCUGUCUGAGCAAGAAGUGGCGGAAAUCGUGCCAGAGACAGCCUCUCCUCUUAUUGGUAACAGUCAUCACGCUAGAACGACCGGUUACUUGGAACAUCCGAUCUUCAACACUUACCAUAGUGAAGCGCAGCUUGUACGCCGAUCACCUGGGAGACGUUUAACGGUCUCCAUCCGUUCGCACCAGUUUCGCAAGCGGCUGGUUUCCAGAGAAUAUUCAGCGAUGUGGAAGCGAUGGCUGUGUGAGAUCACGGGAUACGAACAAUUUCAGUCUGCAACCAAAUUCUGGUUGCUAAUGGUGAAUACGCUGGUCUGCUUACCAUCCGAAAGUACCACAUCCACAACGGGCAAGAGCAGCGAAAUGUGCCUCCACAUGGCGAACAUGAGGGUUGUUGUUGUGGAAUCGGACAAACACGGAAAUAUCAACUUCAAGGACCUUUCCGAAAAGGUUGAAUGUCAGCGGCGCGAAAUAUACAAAGACGAGUUAGCCGCCAUUAUGGUCACCUACCCGUCCACACACGGUGUAUUCGAGUCGUCGAUUCGGGACGUGUGCGAUAAAGUGCAUGAACACGGUGGUCAAGUUUAUCUCGACGGAGCGAACAUGAACGCCCAGGUUGGUCUGUGCCGUCCAGGUGACUACGGCAGUGAUGUUUCGCACCUUAACCUACACAAGACGUUCUGUAUUCCACACGGUGGUGGUGGACCAGGAAUCGGUCCCAUAGGCGUGAAGAGGCACUUGGCACCAUUCUUACCUGGGCAUCCAGUGAUUCCGGUCGACGGACGACAUGACGGCGCCGUUGCCGGCGCACCAUGGGGAUCGGCAAGCAUAUUGCCUAUCACGUGGGCGUAUAUUCGUAUGAUGGGCCAUAAUGGUCUGAAGAAAGCCUCCCAGAUGGCGAUUCUCAACGCAAACUACAUGGCCAGGCACGAGCAGGGACUGGUGGCUCAUGAGUUCAUUCUUGACUUCAAGCCAUUCAAAAAGACGGCCGGCAUCGAAGUUGUGGAUGUUGCGAAGAGACUGAUGGAUUACGGAUUCCACUCACCGACAAUGUCAUGGCCAGUACAUGACUGCUUGAUGAUUGAACCUACGGAGUCUGAGGACAAAGGAGAAAUGGAUCGACUAGUUGACGCUCUGCUGUCGAUUCGUGAAGAGAUUGCGAUGAUUGAAAGGGGAGAACUGGACAGGCAGAAGAACCCGCUCAAGAUGGCUCCACACACUUUGGCCAGGGUGGUUUCCGACGAUUGGGAUCUACCGUAUUCAAGGGAGAUGGCGGCGUUCCCGAAGCCAUGGUGCCAUCACAAGUCGUGGCCAACAGUCGGUCGAGUCGACGAUCAGUACGGUGACAGAAACCUCGUCUGUACUUGCCCACCCAUUGAAGACUACCAGUAA